AUGCGUUCCGUAGGCAAAUGCGACACGGCAGGUCGAAGAGCCCAUUACUUGGAAGGCGUGUUUCUCGGCGGUGAAGAAGAGCAGGCUUUGAACAAAUGGGAGGGAGAUCACAACCAUCACGAGGAUGAGAGACAAGACCACGAGCCGGAGCAUCUAGAAGUCGGAGCGAAGCUGCAUGCACUUGCUCGCAAUUCAGAUCGUGCUCGCCAGAUUCUGGGUGAGCUUUUCAGGCUGUACCCAGAUUGGAAUCCGUCUGUCAUGAUGGUUGUCUUUCGCGCUCAUACGAGUUCAGGGCUGGCGAAGCAUCAUGACACAGCGAAAGAGAUAUACGUAGAGAUGAAGGAGCGCAUGGGUGAUGCUGUGUCAGUCGAGGAUUUCGAUGCCUGGCUUGUAGGCUUUCUGGAAGCACGGCACCUAUGGCAUGCGAAGCAAGUAUUCAAGGAUAUGGUCAAGGAUGGUCACCUUCCGCUUGCUGAAUCGACGGAGGGUAUUCAUGAAGUUCUCAAGAGGUUGCAUCUUUUGUACCGUCUGGGAACGGAUAUCUCAAAGAUGACCAGCAUUGCCCUCGAUGCGCUCUCAGUUUUACCACAAGCGUACCAUGGCUACCUUUUCGGCGAUUGGAUGAAAUCCGCUGUGGUACAAAAGGCACCUGAGGCUGCUGCACAGAUCUUGGACAUUAUGUUUCAGCGAGGCUAUGAGCCUGAGACCUUCCACUUCAACAUGUUGCUAAAGGCCCUCAUACGUACGAAAGAACGACCAAACAUCUUGAAAGCGGAGAAUAUCGGUUGGGGUAUGAUCGACAAGGCCAGGAAAGCCCAUGUCAGGAAGCACGACUCGGAAACUACGGCUGAGAUUAUCAACAAGAGAGCACGACGUACGACAAGACUCAACGCAGGUGGCGCAAGAAAUGUACCCGUAGCCAACGCUACCACUGUCGCUCUGAUAAUGCACCAUCAUGCUAAAAACCUACAAUGGGAGCACGUCGACUACCUCGCACGACAACUCCAAGAAACAGCGAUCCAACCAAACGCCGCCAUCAUGAACGUCCUCAUGGACAACAAGACGCGGCAAGGAAAAAACAGGGAGGCCUGGGUGAUCUACAGAACUCUCACCGAGCCGCAAGGUAGUGUUGAAGGCGUAUAUCCCAAUGGCGCCACCUUCCGCUGUCUCUGGAAAACGCUACGCCUCGCCCUGAGCUCCCACGAAACUCGCAAAGAACCCGAUAUCCCCACGCCCCGCGAACUACUGAAGGAGAUGGCUCGCUGGUGGACACUCUGUCGCAGUCGAUACGAUGCCUCGCGUUUCCGGCAAGGCCUCGCAGGCGCAGAUAAUGGCGCAAUAACAAGCUUGAUACUACACUGCUUCAGCUACACACAAGACCUUCCUGGAUCUCUCGUUGCCUUACACGUCCUGCGUUCGAGAUUCGAUAUCUUCCCAACCGACAAAUCUGUUGAUAUCCUGCAGCAACAGAUGGCGUGGGUGGAUAUGGCUUCUAAUCUGGAAUUUGAGCGUGAGCAGUUUGGGCGUGGUGGUUCGUAUAAACGCAAUUUGGCACAAACUCGACGCGUGUAUGACAUUCUGCUGCAGAGACGGUUGGAUCGGAUGGCGAUCAGCGAGGAGGAUUACAUGAGGUUGACGGAGGAGCAGAUUGGCGACAUGGGACUCAAUUUGUUGAGUGAGUUUGUGCGGGUCAUGCUUAAGAGGAAGUUUUUGCCUGAGGUGGUGGAGAUGAUGAUCGAGGCGACUGUGAAUCAGGUGGGAGUUGUGGGGUUGGGGACGGGGGAUAUGGAUGCUUUUGAGGUUGCGUGA